AUGAGCCCAACUACCAACGACAACAUCAAGGCCGAACCCAUCGUCUUCCGCGGCGCCAACUUCAACAUCUUCAAGGUGCGCAUCCAAGCCAAGCUGCGCAGCAAGAACCUAUGGACGAUUGUCAACGGCGACGAGAAGCGUACUGACGACAACGCCGCCGAAUUCGACCCCAAGGAAGGCAAGGCGUUUGAUUUGCUCGUGAAUUCGCUCGACGACGACAACCUAGCGUAUGCCGACGUGUCGCAUGUCAUCCACGAGCUCCAUACCAAGGUGUACGUGACGGAGAUGCGCGGCCUGCAACAGAAGCUGCUGCUCAUGGGACGCGUGUCGACGACGAGAUGCUGGGACGCCCGUGAGCCUGCCCCGACGUUGAAGCAAAUCACCGAUCGUCUCCUGGCCAAGGAAAGUGAAGCGCGACGUGUCGUGGCUGUCAAGCGCAAGGUGGAAGACGAUCAAGUCAUGUACACGUCCAAGGAAGGUGCUGCCAAACCAUGGAAGAAUGGACUGUCGAUUCAAGAAGCGCGAUGUGGCCAAGGGUAUCCAGCGCAAGUGUCUUCCGCUGCCUGA